AUGGCUAAAUUUUGCAUGAUUCGUUCAUGUGACUACAAAGUUGCCCUUGAACUCUGCAAAAUAGGAACAGAUAUUGAUCAACGCUUGCUACCACGUUAUGAUCCAGAGCUGGCAUUAUCAUUUGCACGAUUGGCAGAUAUUUACGAACAAAAUGGAGCUAUCGAACUUUCCGACGAGUAUUUUGCCAAAGCUCUGAAGGUAGAUCCUAGUGGAAAUGUUAUGUUCCCAUCAUCGAUUAUUGCUGCUCCUGGUGUCAUUUGGUUUCGAUGUCCAUGGUGUAAUCGUCGUAUAUGGAUUUAUAAGAUAUUUGACAUUUGUAAAAGAUCACUGUGUUUUCGUUGCUUACGUCAAACAUUAACAUGUCGCCGCUAA